CUAAAAGAUUACUUUUACGUCCAGAGCCUAAAAUCCUUAGCCGAUCAAAGACAAAAUUACGAGGAAGUUUCCUAGAGUUUUGAGGGUUAUAAAGGCACUAAGAUACUUCACGGGCAACAAAGCAAGAGACUUAAAAUUCUUAUCUUGUUUUUCCACAAACCAAGGCAAUCAUUCUCUUUCCUUACUCAGCAAAAAAAUUGAUCUCCAAAAGUCAGGUACAAUACAACCAGUUACAACUUACAAUGGAGAGGGUACUAUCAUCUCUUCUCCCCAUGCAGCCCCCGACGUAUGGAAAUCUAAUCACAAUCCUUAGCAUAGAUGGAGGUGGCAUUAGAGGACUGAUUCCUGCCGUAAUCCUUGAGUACCUUGAAUCUCAACUUCAGGAGCUGGACGGGGAGGAUGCAAGACUUGCAGAUUACUUUGACGUGAUAGCAGGAACAAGCACAGGUGGCUUAAUAACUUCCAUGUUAGCCGCUCCAGAUGAAAACAAGCGUCCUUUAUUUGCUGCUAAAGACAUCAAGCCCUUUUAUCUUGAAAACGGCCCUAAGAUAUUCCCCCAGAAGUGGGGCAGACUCGCAUCAGUAAGAAGUGCUUUGAAUGCUUUGUUCGGACCCAAGUAUGAUGGCCAGUAUCUUCACCAAGUUGUGAGGGAGAAACUGGGCGAGAUUCGGUUGCAUGAAACCCUGACCAAUAUCGUCGUUCCAACUUUUGAUAUCAAGAAUUUGCAGCCCACAAUUUUCUCAACUUAUGAGGCCAAGGAAAAGAAAUCCAUGGAUGCUCGUCUAUCCGACUUAUGCAUCAGCACGUCUGCAGCUCCAACUUAUCUUCCUGCAUAUUACUUCCAGAAUCACGAUGAACUCGGAAAUGUUCAAGAGUUCAAUCUUAUCGAUGGUGGUGUUGCCGCAAAUAAUCCGGCUUUGGUUGCAAUAAGCCAAGUAACUAAACAGAUCUUCCACGGAAAUCCAGAUUUCUUCCCAAUUAAGCCCAUGGAUUAUGGCCGUUUUCUAGUGAUUUCAAUAGGCACAGGAUCAGCAAAAGUUGAGCAAAGAUACAAUGCAGCAAAGGCUGCCAAAUGGGGUGUUUUCGGGUGGUUAAUUAGCGGUCAUUCCACUCCCUUAGUGGAUGUUUUCACGCAAGCCAGUGCAGAUAUGGUUGAUUUGCACAUUUCUGAAGUCUUCCGAGCUCUUCACUCUGAAGAUAAUUACCUUCGCAUUCAGGAUGAUACAUUGAUCGGGACGGUUUCUUCGGUUGAUAUUGCAACAAAGAAGAAUUUGGACAACUUGGUUAUUACAGGCACCCAACUGCUGAAAAAACCCGGUUCUAGGGUCAAUCAGCAGACUGGUUCAGUUGAGACAAUAGCAAAUGGCGGUACGAAUGAGGAAGCUCUAAAAAGGUUCGCAAGGCUGCUUUCUGAGGAAAGAAGACUACGGGAGCUUAGAUCUCCUUUAACCAGCAAAACUGCAAAACCUCCACCCCUCACUUAAUCAUGCAAUGCCAAAAACGAUCCAUUUUAUUUUUUACCCAACUUUGUCAAUCCAAGUCAUUUCUUCUUCUUCUUCUUCUUCUUUUUUUUUUUUUUUUUUGGUCUCUGUACCUCAAUUUCUUCAUCCUUAAACAAACUCCCCCAGCAUAUUCCUCCAAUAUUACAUAAAUAAAUGUAUCUAAGCACCCUUUAUUUUGUUCAAGAAUAAAGUGAAGUGUAAAUUUCUGUGGAUGUCAACUUUCAAAUUUCAACUGUAAGCCAGAUACUAAAUUUCCUCUUGUUAUCCGACUCUAUGUUGGUCUGAGUUGAAAUUCAGGAAAAUGAGUUUGCUUCUCCUUCAA